CAUGUAAUACAUGUAAUGGUAUAAUACAGUAAUUUUAGCUUAUUAUUGAAUAGUGUUAUUGUUUACAUACAGUAUAUGUAUGAAAACAUUGGACACAAAACAAUUUAUUGUCUCAUUUGUCAAUUGAUUGCCUAAAUCUAUGAUAAGGUUUAGCUGUUUAUCGCAUCCGCGGCUAAACCAAAGACAUAGAGUUGUGGCCAUCGAUUAUGUCGACCGCCGAUAACAAUACAGAAUUGAUUGAAUCGUCCGACGACAACAUGAAUGUUUGGUCGGGCGGCGAUUCGUGCGAUACAAACAACACAAUGACCACAAUGUGUCCACAAGACAAUAACAAUACCACUGACAACAAUCAUAGAAACGAUGACAAUAUUGCCGAUGACAACAACAUUGACAACAGUGGUCUACUAACUGACGACGAAGACGACUAUGUGGACGAUGAUGAUGACGAUGAUGUCGUGACAUCGGAAUCGGACUCAGAUAUCGGCAACGAAUUGGUCGACUGUUUGCUCGAAGAGGGUCUCGACUCAUACAAAUCGUCGACUUCCGAAAUGAAUGGUAACCGCAAGCGUAAAGUGGAUGAAAUGAAGCUCAAGUUGAAUGCACCGCACGAAGAAAGGAAGAAAGUAGUUCUCAAAAAGAGAGAUCAGGACUAUUUCGAAGUGCUUCCCGAAGGAUGGCUAGAAGUUACACACUUUAGCGGAAUGCCUAUAUAUCUGCACAAACAGACGCGGGUCUGUACGACAACCAAACCAUACUAUUUAGGACCGGGAUCUGCUAGAAAACAUGAGAUUCCGAUUUCUGCCGUACCAUGUCUUCAAUAUAAACGAGAAAUUGAAAAAGACAGAGAAGAUGAAGAAGAGGUAGAAAAACAAAAGAAGUUGAAGAUUGACGACUCGAGUGAAUCUAAUAACACAUUAUUAGCUAAAGUAGAGACAGUCAGCGAAAAUAAAAAGGAGAAGUCAUUAGACUAUAUGUCAAUCAGAAAUUAUUGUCAAAAACUCUUUGAAUUUCAAACGAUAACUAUUCGCAAGUUUAAAACAUGGGCUGAUCGUCGGAAACACACUCAACUACGAAAGCUUCAACAGCGACCAUCACUUCCCGACGGAACUAAACUUAUCACUUGUCCGCUGCCGAAAACAUCAGUAAAUGGCGAAUCUUCGGGCGGAAGAAAUUAUCGCAAAGAGUUUGUGAUGAAUCCGGCGGGAAAGUCAUUUGUCUGUAUUCUUCACGAGUUUGUUCAGCACGCAGAACGAGUGCAACCAAAGUAUACAUUCCAAGAAUUAGAGAACGCAAGUCAACCCUAUAGCGCCACUGUUAUUAUCAAUGGUAUGGAGUAUGGAAAGGGAUACGGAAGCAGCAAAAAACAAGCAAAAUCUGAAGCCGCACGAACUAGUCUUGAGAUUUUAAUACCUGAUCUUAAGGAUAUAACAGAUAGUGGUAAUCAUAAACCAGAUCCCACUUUACAGGAUUUUAGUUUUUUCAACGACAUUGCUAUUGAAGAUCCUCGUGUCAGUGAUCUCUGUGCCAAAGCUGGCCAACAUUCUCCGUAUCAAAUACUUGUUGAAUGUCUUCGAAGAAAUUGGGGAAUGGGUGACACAGAUAUUGAAACGGAUGUCCGUUUGGUUAAACAUCAGAAAAACGAGUUUAUUAUGAAAGUGGGAAAACAUAGGGCUGUAGUCACGUGCAGAAACAAACGUGAAGGCAAACAACGGGCCGCUCAGGCUAUCCUUCAACUUCUUCAUCCGCAUAUAACCUCUUGGGGUUCACUACUAAAACUUUAUGGCCGCGGAUCUUGUAAGACACCUAAAGAGAAAAAGGAAGAGGAACAAAAGAUAACUGAACUGCAGAACACUGCGUGCGCUAAUCGACCAAAUUAUGCCAUUCUUAACAAAUUAAAGGAAGAAAUGAUUAAAUUAAGACAAACGAACAAUGAAAACUCUGCUUUAAAUCAAAUCAAAUGUGAGAUCCAAACAACAACAACAACGACAUCGACAACAACAACACAAACACCAAAUUUAAAGUGUGUCGACCUUUGAUAUCCAUCGACACAAAACACAAAACGGUUUAUUAUUUUAUAGAAAUAUAUAAUCAAAUUUUAAUUAUA